AUGUUGAUAGCUAGAGGGGAGUUCGCAGGUUAUAUUCAAGGCCCGGCGGUAGAGCAGAGCCGACCGACGGAGCAAGUGAAGAGGAAUCAGAAGCCGAACUCCCACAACUUGCAACCAGUUCGAGUAAUUAAUGCAAUUCAUGGCCGGCCUGAACGUGAAGAGUCAGAUGAACUACUUCGAGUACGGCUCCGCCAGGCGCAUAUGAAGAGGAGGAUAGGCAGUGUAAACACUCUGCACCAACAGAGCGCAUCAACACCGAUAAAGUUUGACAAAACAGAUCUGUUGCGUGUUCAGAUCCCUCACGAGGACCCGUUAGUCAUCAGUUUGACAGUGGCUGAAUGUUUGGUACGCAGAGUUCUGAUUGAUCUUGGAAGUAGUGCGAACGUCAUGUCGAAUGACACAUUUGAUCGGCUCGAGAUCAAGCCAGACCGGCUCAAGCCCACUGGGAAUCCUUUGCUAGGAUUUGAUGGAAAACGAGCGGAGCCCAUCGAUACGGUGGAGGUAGUAGUGCAUGCUGUAGAGAGGGUUCUGAUGGAGACCUUUGUGGUUGUCGAGAUUCUUCCUUCUUACAACCUUCUGAUGGGCAAAGGGUGGAUCCACAGAGUUCAAGGUGUUCCUUCUACUCUGCACCAAGUAAUGAGAUGCCUAGGGCCAGACGGAACCAAGGAGCCUCCCCCCAAGCAGAAUGGGGAGGAGGAGCCAGUGGACUUGACCGAAGAACCCCUAGUUGAUGUACAGAUCGAUCGGGUCCGACCAGAACGAACAACCAGAGUGGGGGUAAGACUUGCUGAGGAGGAGAAACAGGAGUUAGUUGAUUUCUUGUCUCAGAACGCCGAUGUAUUUGCAUUGAGCCACCUAGACAUGCCUAGAAUCAAUCAUUCCGUAUCCUGUCACUCCUUGAACAUUAAUCCCAAUGCAAGACCUGUAAAGCAGAAGCAGCGAAGGUUCGCUCCAGAGCGUACCCGGAUCAUAGCCGAGGAGGUUGAUAGGCUGCUUGAUGGGGGAUUUAUAAGAGAAGUGUACUAUCCUGACUGGUUGUCAAACAUUGUUGUUAUCCCCAUGGACUCUGCUGAUAAAGAGAAAACUUCUUUCGUUACCAAGCACGGGACCUAUUGCUACAAAGUUAUGUCGUUCGGACUGAAGAACGCCGAAGCAACUUACCAAAGGCUUAUUAGCAAAAUUUUCAAGGGUCAAAUAGGGAAGACCGUGGAAGCUUACAUUGAUGACAUAGUAGUAAAAAGCAAGAAGAAAGUUGACCAUCUGAAACAUCUACAAGACGUAUUUGAUGUGUUAAGACAAUAUGGAAUGAAACUCAAUCCAACCAAGUGCUCAUUCGGUGUGAGUUCUGGUCAAUUCCUGGGACAUGUAGUUAAUCAUAGAGGCAUAGAAGCUAGCCCUGCCCAAGCAGAAGCUCUGACUAAGAAGGUCGAGCCGACGACAAUCAAAGAAGUGCAAACACUUGCGAGACGAAUCGCUGCAUUGAGCCGGUUCAUUUCCAAAUUAUCAGAUCGCUACAAACCAUUUUUUGACACAAUAUGA